AUGCAGAGGGACAGCAGCGACUCCUGGACCACAACAACUGUUCCAGCUCUGGAACAGCCAGCAGCAGCGACUGGGACUCAGGGAUGAUCCUGCAACAGAUGGCACAAGUGUGAGACAACAACGAAUGGCUUCCACAGGGAGUGGUCUCCGCAUCCAGGGGGAUGACAACCUCCAGUCCAUGCUGGUGGGGACGGUCAUGAGAAAAAUCAAGUCUCGUUCCUGGAAGAAGCAGCGCUACUUCAGACUGCAGGAUGACUGCAUGACCAUCUGGUACAAGUCCAAAAAGGCGGGCAACACCCAUUCUACAUUUUCAGUGGGUGAUGUGGAGGCAAUACGAGAGGGCCACCAGUCUGAAGUGCUGCUCAGCAUCGCUGAUGAGUUCCCCGCUGACCGAUGCUUCACACUGGUGUUCCGCGGCCGCAGGGGCAACCUGGACCUGGUUGCCGAGUCAGCCGAGGAAGCACAGUCCUGGAUCAGAGGCAUGAAGAAGCUGAUUGAGAACCUGGAGAACAUGGGGGAGAGGGAGAGACUUGACCAAUGGAUCGGUGACUGGUUCAGGAAGGCAGACAAGAACAAUGACGGCCGGAUGAACUUUAAGGAAGUUCAAGAUUUACUGAAGAUGAUGAAUGUGGACAUGAAUGAGCACCACACUCAUCGUCUCUUCACAAUGGCUGAUAAGUCCCAGUCAGGUACACUGGAGGAUGACGAAUUUGUGCUCUUCUACAAGAUGUUGACCCAGCGGGAGGACGUCCUGAGGGUUUUUCAGGAGUACUCAGUUGAUGGGCAGAAAUUAUCCCAAAGCGACUUGGAGGACUUCCUGAGAGAUGAGCAGCUGGAGGGGGGCGACAUCCAGCAGUAUGCCAAGCAGCUCAUUGAGCGCUAUGAGCCCUCUGACACAGCCAAGAUGCUGAAUGCCAUGACAUUUGAUGGCUUCUUGAUGUACCUCGGCUCAGCUGAGGGAUCCAUCUUCAACCCACAGUGGCGGAGCAUCUUCCAGGACAUGAGCCAGCCGCUGUGCCAUUACUUCAUCUCCUCUUCCCACAACACCUACCUGAUGGAGGACCAGCUUCGAGGACAUAGCAGUGUGGAGGGAUAUAUCAGGGCUCUGAGUCGAGGCUGUCGUUGUGUGGAAGUGGACUGCUGGGAUGGUGCCAACGGAGAGCCCAUCGUCUAUCAUGGACACACUUUCACCUCCAAGAUACUCUUCAAAGACGUGGUCAAUGCAGUGGGAAACUAUGCCUUCAAGGUAUCGGAAUAUCCAGUCAUCCUGUCCAUCGAGAACCACUGCAGUGUUGAGCAACAGAAAGUCAUGGCCCAACACCUCAACCACAUCCUGGGUGACAAGCUGCUGAAAAGCACAUUAGAUGGCAGGGCCCCCAUCGGGCUGCCGUCUCCCGAGGAUCUUAAGGGGAAGAUUCUGCUGAAGGCGAAGAAAAUUGGUGGUCUGGAGGAGAGUUUCAAUGGGAUAGCGGAGGACUCUCAGACCGGCGAGGUCAGUGAUGAGGACGAGGUGCCUGAAAUGGAUGAAGAUAACCACCACCGCGAGAGUGUCCGUCACAGGAUCAAGAAGUCAAAGCAGCGUCUGUCCAAGGAGCUGUCAGACUGUGUGGUUUACUGCAAAAGUGUCCACUUCAGUAACUUCAAACACUCUCGCAUCCACUCCAAGUUCUACGAGGUGGCGUCUUUCACAGAGUCCAAGGCCCGCAAACACCUGAGAGAGGCUGGGGCUGAGUUUGUGCACCAUAACUCACGGCAGCUGACCAGGGUUUACCCCAGUGGCUUCCGAACGGACUCCUCCAAUUUCAAUCCUCAGGAAAUGUGGAAUGCUGGGUGCCAAAUUGUUGCAUUGAAUUUCCAGACUGCGGGGGAGGGGAUGGAUCUGAACGACGGACUGUUCAGUCAGAAUGGCAGCUGUGGCUAUAUCCUAAAGCCCAGCUUCAUGAGAGAGGCUGGGAAAAGAUUUGACCCUGAGACACCCCAAAAACAAGAUGACUACCAGCCUGUGGUCCUCACCAUACAGGUGAUCAGUGGUCAGCAGCUGCCCAAAGUCAACAUCAAAGAGCAUUCUAUAGUGGAUCCUCUGGUCAGAGUGGAGAUCCAUGGUGUUCCUCUGGACCAGGCCAAGCAGGAAACCAGAUACAUAGAGAACAAUGGGUUCAACCCUGUGUGGUAUGACACUCUGCGCUUCACCAUCCACACCCCUGAGCUGGCAAUGGUGCGCUUUGUAGUGGAGGACUAUGACAAGACAACUAAAAAUGACUUUGUGGGGCAGUAUACGCUACCUCUGAGCUGCUUGCAGCAAGGCUAUCGUCACAUUCACCUGUUGUCCAGAGAUGGAACCAGUAUACCUCCUGCCUCUUUAUUCGUACACAUCAGGAUCACAGAGCUUGAAUAAACCUUCGCCUUCCUCAUACACCGGAGGUAUCUGACAGAACAUAAUAUUUCGUUUUUAUUUAGAAGUGGAGUCACUCUUUCCUGUAGAACAAGACUCUCAAUCUGCUUUACCUGCAAAUUGCUGUAUUUUUUUUUUUUUUUUUUACAACUUACUGUAUUUUAGAAAUAAUAUAAUAUUAAUGCUGGAUGUAAUGCUUGUAUUUGCUGGUAAGCUUGUAUUUUAGAAAUACAGUGUAAUACUCAAAGUAAAUUUAGAGUAUAUUACUGUAGUCUUGUAUUUAAUAAAUAAACAAUACUACACAGUUCAGUCAGUAAAUUACUGAAUAUUUACAGAACACUGUAAAAGUUUUCAUUGUAAAUUUACAGUAAAUUUCUGUAAUAAUUCCUGUAAGUUAUCUUGAUCCAUUUUUGUGUCAGCUAGCUAAUAGUGGCAAAACAUGUUAUCUCUGAUCAUGUGAUUUGCGUGGUGAUAUUCAAAUAUAUGCAAAUUCUUGAAGAUAUUUAGAUUGAAUAAAUAGCUUUACUACUCGGGUGCGCUCUAAUUCCCCCCUGUGGGCUGAUAUAUAUAGGUCCUGUAAUAGUAUUUAAUAUUAUUAUUAUUUGAUGUGAAUAAAUACUAUGCCAAAUCUUAAGGUCUUACACAGAGGAUGUAUAUGCAUGUUUUUGUUCUGUUCACUAUAGUGUGUUUUGCUUGUUCCUGUGAUUGACUUGAACUUUGCUGCUGCUGAUGUUUGGUGUAUCUGUUUCUGCUGAAAUAAUGUGUUGUAGAGAAGAAUGUGCCACUAAUAUGUUAUGUCAGGAUGUUUAUUUUCUGUCAGUAUUUUCCUUUAACACUCAGCACUUCAUAGUCACUGUCUGGCUUAAUAUAUAGAUUUAUUUGCACUCAAAGAAGAUAUGUUUGCCAAGGCUGCAAACAUAUCCAGCUAUAACCAUCAUAAGAAAACAUUUAGCAGAACAUAACCAUAAAAGCAUCAUGUAUAAGAACAUAUUGAAAUGGACAAAAUACCACACAUAUAAAAGAUGGGCUAUAAACAAUAUUCUUUACAAUGUGAGCACUUUACAAUUCAGACUUUUCAUAUAACCUUUUUAGAUUUUUAAAAGUAUUAAAACAUGCAAAAUACCAAAAAUAACCACAACUUUCCGGUACUGAAAUCUGUUCACAGGUUUACAUGGGUAAACCUUUUAAAUUUUUUAUAUACCUUUCAAAAAUGAUAAAGCACAAAUGUACACUGCAAACCUUAGAUGUAAAUUUACAGUGAAAUCUGAACAGCUUUCUCCUGUAUUGAUGCCAUACAUUCUCGUACUGUAUAUUGCAAUGCAGUCUUGGAGAAAUUAUGUGAUUACAGCAAGACAAUGCCAUUAUUUACAGGAAUUUACUGUAAAUUUACACUGAAAUGUUUUACAAUGUACAGUAAAUAUUAAGUAAUUUACUGACAAAACUGUAAACAGUUGUUAUUGUAAAGUGUUACCCUAUAUUCUUGUAAAUUUACAACACAAUACUAAGUAAUGCUUAUAGAUGGUUUAUAAACCAAUUAUUAACCAUUUACAAAGUACUAUACAUAUUUAAUCGUUAAAGGUUUUCAACCAAUUUCA